CCCCCGCCGCCGCCGCCUCCGCCCCCGGCCCGGCCGUGGUCGUCCGCCUCCUCCGGGGAGCGAGGAAGCCCCCGGGGAAAGAGACGUCGGCGCCGGCCCCCCCGGCCCCGGGGCAGGAAGCGGCCCCCCGGCUCGGGCAGCCGAGGGGAGGAGGAGGACGACGACGAAGAGGAGGAGGGGGAGGAGGUGGAGGAGGAGGAGGAGGAGGAGGAGGAGGAGGACGACGACGAGGAGGACCUCAUCGAUGGUUUCGCCAUCGCCAGCUUCGCUAGCCUUGAGGCCCUGCAGAAGGAUGCAUCCCUUCAGCCCCCAGAGAGACUGGAGCAUCGGCUAAAACAUUCCGGAAAGCGGAAGCGGGGGGGUGUAGGGGGGGGCCGAGGGGAGCCAGGAGACAGCUCAGAGCGGGAGACUGGCCGGCCCCCAGGGGACCGUGCCCGAAAAAGGUCCAGCAAGCGAAGGAGGAAAGAGGCCUCCUCCCGAAAUUCUCUGGAAGCCGGAUACAUAUGUGAUGCGGAGAGUGACCUGGACGAGAGGGUCUCUGAUGAUGACCUCGAUCCAUCGUUUACUGUCUCAACCAGCAAAGCCUCGGGCCCCCAUGGCAACUUAAAUGGGAACUGUGAAGCGAAACUCUCUGUGAUCCCCAAAGUGUCGGGGCUGGAGCGGAGUCAGGAGCAGCCCCCAGGACCCGACCCGCUGCUAGUGCCUUUCCCUGCCAAGGAGCCACUGCCUCCACCGGCCCCCCGACCCCCAACCACCCCCCCAGCCCCGAUGCCAGCCCCUGUCAGCCUGCCACCCCCACCCCCACCCCAAUUGCAGCUCCGGGUUUCACCCUUUGGCAUCCGCUCUUCCACUUAUGGCAGUGGCCUGGACCUUAGCACUGGCAGCUCUUCGAGGCCACCCCCCAAGGCUCCUGCCCCUCCAGUGGCCCCACCUCCACCUUCUUCCUCUUCCUCUUCAUCUUCCUCUUCCUCAUCUUCUUCAGCUCAACUUUCCCAUCGGCCCCCAACACCCUCUUUGCCCUUGCCUCUGGCCAGCCACGGCUUCCCCCCUACUGGUCUACGGGCACCUCCUCCACCACCCCAUCCUGCCCUAUUCUCCCCUGGCCCUACUCUACCCCCACCCCCACCUUUGCUGCAGGUGGCAGGCCACCCUGGGGCUGCGACGGCCAGUGCCCUCUCUGAGCAGGAGCUGAUGCGGCAGGACCUGAGCACUCGGUUCCUGAGCGCCCAGGGAGGCCCCGAGGUGGGGGGGGCGGGGGGCUCAGCCCGGCCCCUGGCCUUCCAGUUCCACCAGCACAACCACCAGCACCAGCACACCCACCAGCACACCCACCAGCACUUCACCCCCUACCCUCCUGGCUUGCUGCCCCCCCACGGCCCCCACGUGUUCGAGAAAUAUCCAGGAAAAAUCGAAGGCCUUUUCCGGCAUAACCUCUAUGCGGCCUUCCCCCCUGCUGUCCCUGGCCUCCCCCCUGGUCUGCCUCCUGCUGUUUCCUUUGGUUCUCUGCAGGGGGCUUUCCAGCCUAAGAGCACGAAUCCAGAACUGCCACCACGACUGGGGCCGGUCCCCAGUGGGCUGCCCCAGAAGGGGACACAGAUUCCUGACCAUUUCCGCCCCCCACUGAGGAAACCAGGGAAGUGGUGUGCCAUGCAUGUGCGAGUGGCCUAUAUGAUCUUGAGGCACCAGGAGAAGAUGAAGUUAAUGCAGGGUGAUCCUCACAAGCUGGAUUUUCGGAACGACCUUCUGCCCUGCCUCCCUGGGGCCUAUGGAGGCCUUCCCCCUGGGCAGGAGCUCUCCCACCCAGCUUCCCUCUUCACCGCAACAGGUGCUGUCCAUCCUGCUGCCAACCCUUUCACAGCAGCUCCUGGGCCCCCUGCAUCCUUUCUGAGCCCUGGUACCCACAUCGAUCCUUUUGGGCGUCCUACCAGCUUUGCGUCCUUGGCUGCCCUCUCCAAUGGGGCCUUUGGAGGCCUGGGCAGCCCUACGUUCAACACUGGUGCUGUCUUUGCCCAGAAAGAAAGCCCAGGGGCCCCUCCUGCCUUUGCCUCUCCUCCUGAUCCAUGGGCCCGGCUGCACCGUGGCCCCCCUGCCUUUCCUGCCUGGGCCCGACCCCCUGAGGCUGCACGGACGCCUGGCUCGGACAAAGAACGUUCAGUGGAGAGGCGAGAGCCCUCAGCCCCCAAAGAGGAGAAGGAUAGGGAUCUCCCAUUUUCCCGACCACAGCUUCGAGUUUCCCCAGCCACCCCCAAGUCCCGGGCCGGGGAGGAGGGGGUAAGACCCCCCAAGGAGCCUGUGAGGGUGAAGGAAGAAAGGAAGGAGGAGGUCCCUGGGCCUCCCAGCCUACACCUGCUUUUUGAUCGGCCCCGACCACCCCCCUUCCUGGGUCCCAGUCCUUCGGACCGCUGUGCCCCCUUCUUGGAGCCCUGGCUGCCAGGCCCUCCACGCCUGGCCCGCCCCCCACGAUUCUAUGAGGCAGGGGAGGAGCUGGGAGGGGCAGGAGCUGUGGCCACAGCUCGCCUCUAUGGUCUGGAGCCUACCCAUCCGCUACUCUAUGGUCGCUUGGCCCCCCCACCUCCUACCGCAGCCCCCGGGCCCCCUCAACUGCUUAGCAAGACACCUCCUGGGGCCCUCUUGGGGGCUCCGCCCCCCUUGGUGCCCGCCCCUCGGCCUGGCUCCCCCCCUAGGCCGCCAGGGCCACCCAGAGCUGACAGGUGAGGGGAGGGGAGGGGCUGGGGGUAGAGCUCCAUUUCCUUCCCCCUUUUUCACUUCCCCACCCAGCCUUAGGGUGGAGGUUGUGACCCUACUUGGGAGGGCAAAGGUCAUGACCCCAUGGCUUCUGUGGAAUUGUCAUGGGGUCAGAGGUCACUACCCCAGCCAUGGGAUCAUCCUGAAAAUAGAGGUCGCAGACCCACCUGCCCCCAAAGGGUUUAAGUGCAAGAGCCACUCUCUAGAGGGAUGGGGGUCACCUGGAGGGCAGAGGUUGUGACCACCUGAGAGGCAGUGCUGUUCCCUCUCCUUUUCUCCCCAUCCACUCCCUUUUCCCCUUUAAAUCUGGGCUCCCUCAGAGGGUCCCUUGGAUGCUAAGCCUCCCGACAGCCUCCUGUAGGCUUAUCAAGCCUGAGGCCAAAGUCACACACUCCCAGGCCUCUUGUUCCUCUUUCCCUCCUGUGGGAAAGCAGGGUGGGGCUGCUGGGACAUCAGAAGUCACCAGUGACCCUCCUUCAUAGGGUCUGAGAAGAUG